UCCGGCUUCUUUUACGUCAUUAGAAAGAGACUGUGUCAGACCAGUGACGUUACAUAGGAGCGCCGGGCAGCCUGGCUCGCAUUGGGAGUAGCGAGCUGAGCUCUGAGGUUUCUAUCUACCCCCCAUGUCCCUGUGGUCUCUGACCCGCGCUUUGGGCUCUUUGAGCCUGGCGCCCCCGGCCUUUACUGCACCCGCCCCUCGUCUGCUCCCUGCCGCCCAGGUGAUGAGCAAUGCUCACCUCGAACUUCCCUCUACCUUAAUGUCGCUCCCUUGCCGCCCACUCCUUACUUCUGUGGCCCUUAAUGCCAAGUCUGUGUCCUGGAAGAGUCAUACCAAGUACACGAUUACACCAGUGAAGAUGAAGAAGUCUGGGGGUCGUGACCACACAGGCCGCAUCACAGUCCAUGGUAUUGGUGGGGGCCAUAAGCACAAUUACCACAUGAUUGACUUUCUGCGCUUCCGGCCAGAGGAGGAGGCCAAGCCAGGACCCUUUGAAGAGAAGGUUAUCAAAGUCCGCUACGAUCCCUGUAGGUCAGCUGACAUAGCUCUGGUUGCUGGUGGCAGCCGGAAACGUUGGAUCAUUGCCACAGAGAACAUGAAGGCAGGAGAUAUGAUCCUGAACUCUAACCAGAUAGGGCGAAUGGCAGUUGCUGCUCGGGAAGGGGAUGCACAUCCUCUUGGGGCUCUGCCUGUGGGGACCCUCAUCAACAAUGUGGAAAGUGAACCGGGCCGAGGAGCCCAGUAUAUCCGAGCCGCAGGGACGUGUGGUGUGCUGCUGAGGAAGGUGAAUGGGACAGUCAUUAUCCAACUGCCCUCGAAGAGGCAGAUGCAGGUGCUGGAGACGUGCGUGGCUACAGUGGGCCGAGUAUCCAACGUCGAUCAUGACCAGCGGGUCAUUGGCAAAGCGGGUCGGAACCGCUGGCUGGGCAAGAGGCCUAACAGCGGGCUGUGGCACCGCAAGGGGGGCUGGGCUGGUCGCAAGAUUCGGCCACUGCCCCCUAUGAAGAGUUAUGUGAAGUUGCCCACCGCUGCCGCCCAAAGGUGAUACCCCUGAACUAUAAUAAAAG